AUGUCGGCGCCUCCGCCGCCGCCGGACGAGGCCGUCCCCGUGCCCGGCGCCGUCGCCGUCAUCGGCAACGACAAGGUGCUCGCCGCGGCGCAGCACAUCGUCAAGUCCCUCGCCACCUCCAAGAACGCCGCCGACGACAUGAUCCGCAUCCUCUCCGGCUUCGACCACCGCCUCUCCACCAUCACCUCCGACCUCUUCCCCUCGCCCUCCCCUUCCCACUCCCACUCCCACUCCCAAUCCCCCUCCCGCUCCCCCUCCGACCCCGACACCGACGCCGACCCGUCCUCCCUGGCCGCCUUCGACGCCGCCGAGCAGCUCAUCCACCUCUGGGACACCACCCCGGAGGCGCUGGUCUUCGAGGCGCCCGAGGACGACGCGGCGCACUACCUCGCGGCCGUCGACGCGGCCGUCGACCACCUCGCGUCCGGCGGCCCCGCCGCCGCCUCGGGCCGGGCGGGCGUCGCCGUGCAGCUGGCCAUGGCGCGGCUCGAGGACGAGCUGCGCCACCUCAUGCUGCGCCACGCGGUGCCGCUCGACGCCAGCGGGCUCUACUGCUCGCUGCGCCGCCUCUCGCUCGAGUCCAUGGACGACCUCGACGCCUCCUCCGAGUUCGACCCGGCCACCCCGCACAGCGGCGGGGGCCCCGACACCGCCCGCAGCGCCAGCAUCAGCGUCAACCCCUUCGACGACCACCUCUUCGACCUCGUCCGCCCCGACGCCGUCGACGAGCUGCGCGCCAUCGCCGACCGCAUGGCCCGCGCCGGCUACGCCAGCGAGCUCGUGCAGGUCUACUGCGGCAUCCGCCGCGACCUGCUCGACGAGUGCCUCUCCGUCCUCGGCGUCGAGCGCCUCAGCAUCGACGAGGUCCAGCGCGUCGAGUGGAGGCACCUCAACGACAAGAUGAAGAAGUGGGUGCACGGUGUCAAGACCGUCGUCCGCUCCCUGCUCACCGGCGAGCGCAGGCUCUGCGACCAGGUGCUCGCCGUCUCCGACGAGCUGCGAGACGAGUGCUUCGUCGAGUCCACCAAGGUCUGCAUUAUGCAGAUCCUCAACUUCGGGGAUGCCGUGGCUGUCUGCCCCCGGUCGCCCGAGAAGGUCUCCCGGAUUCUCGACAUGUACGAGGCGCUUGCCGAGGUGAUUCCUGAGCUGAAAGAACUAUUCUUUGGGACUCCUGGCGAUGACGUGAUCUAUGACUUGGAGGGGGUCCUUGGGAGGCUCGGCGAUGCAGUGAAGGGUAACCUCCUUGAGUUUGGGAAGGUUCUGCAGCAGGAGUCGUCGAAACGGCCAAUGAUGGCUGGCGAGAUCCACCCAAUCACACGCUAUGUGAUGAACUAUCUUAGGCUGCUGGUCGUUUACAGUGAUACCCUUGACAAACUCCUGGAUGACGAUGCUGCUGGAGAUAUUGAUGCUUCACAUGGAGAUGAGGAUGAGGAGUAUCUGCAGAGCUUAACCCCGCUUGGGCGUCGUCUGGUGAAGCUCAUGUCUUAUUUGGAGGCUAAUCUGGAGGAAAAAUCUAAACUUUACGAGGACGGCGCGCUGCAGUGUAUAUUUUCCAUGAACAAUACGCUUUAUAUCGUCCAGAAGGUGAAGGAUUCCGAGCUUGGGAGGAUUUUGGGUGAUCAAUGGACGAGGAGGCGCCGCGGGAAGAUUCGCCAAAAUUCAAAGAGCUACCUUAGGAUAUCAUGGACAAAGGUUUUGUCCUAUCUCAAGGAUGAUGGACAUAGCGGAGGGAGUGGAAACAGUCUUGGGAAUUCCACCUCGAGGAUCAAAGAGAAAUUUAAGAACUUCAACUUUUCCUUUGAUGAGACUUACAGGACUCAAACACUUUGGAAGGUACCGGAUCCUCAACUCCGCGAGGAACUCAAGAUAUCGAUAUCGGAAAAUGUGAUUCCAGCAUAUCGGGCUUUUGUGGGGAGAUAUGGUAGUCUAGUGGAUAAUGGAAGGAGCUCAGGGAAAUACAUAAAGUACACUGCUGAGGACUUGGAGAAUCAACUGUCUGAUCUAUUCGAAGGGUCACUAGGUUCUGCCAACCACUCCAGGAGACGGUAGUAGCUUCAUUUGAUGGAAUUUGGUUACAGGUAUGUCUAGUUACAAGGUUCAGCGUAUUGCUGAACAGGUGGAGUUAUCGCAUCGCAUGUAUUGAACUGGUGCUUGUUCCCUGUUAUGGUGCUGUACUACCAGAGGAGUCCACAGGAGGAUCCUUUGGUCCCAGUCAGAUUAUGUGUACCAAGAAAUAAUGUACAUGUAAUUAUUUUUUUCAGUGUACUCAUAUCUUUGACACUUUAGUGUACAAGAUCUAGGAUAUGGCACUAUGUAGAGGCCCACAUCUUGGAAUAGAUUGAAUAUGUUACAUGUGUUUA